AUUCCACGGCAGUUUUCACUGCGACAUAAACAACACGGAAGGCGUAUUUGGCAUCAAAAGCUUCACAGAGCAACCAUCUUUCAGUUAAAAAAACAACUGAGACUGUUCGAACGCGAAGAAUCACGUCAGCUGACCAAGGUGUAAACUCUUCGAGUGUGCGCUCCGUCUCGGUAUUUUGUUGUGAGGGUCUUUAACCGUUCACAGACUCGUGUUGUUUACCUGUUGUUUACCUGUUGUUUACCUACUGUUCUCCCGAAGCGCUGAGGAUAUGUCUACAAGCGCGUUGCCCAGCCAGAGCGCUAGACGUCGUGUUGCAGAGCGUGGAGCGAAUGAGAAGACGGUAGAGGAGAGCGGAUUGGCUGCUCCUUCCACCUCGUCGUCGUCAAGGUCCGAUGAUGCGCUCUUUGACACGGCAGAAGGUGACAAGUCCGUGCCAACGAGCGCAGAUUCGUUGGCUGUGCCAGUUGCCAACGAUUACGUUGGGCCGCUGGUGAAGAGACCGAACUCGCCAUCGUUGGGAAACGAUUUCUUGACUGCCCAUCACGUCUUUGGUGACUACAUCCGCAAACACGAGAUUCCUCGUAAGGUGUUCCACAGCUCUAUAGGGUUCAUCACUUUGUACCUGUGGACCCAAGGAGUGCAGAUCAAUCUGUUCCCGAAGUACUUCCACGUUGCCUUCAUUGUGAUUACUUUGCUGGAUCUUAUCAGAUUCUACUCAAAGACGUUUAACUACAUGUAUUGCCAAGUUGUCGGGUUUCUAAUGAGAGAGAAGGAGGUCCAUGGCUUCAACGGGGUGAUAUGGUACAUCUUAGGCUUGGAUUUCGCAUUUUCAUUCACCACUAAGGAUAUCGCAGUCUUAUCAGUGUUGUUAUUGAGUUGGUCAGAUACUGCUGCUUCGACAUGUGGUCGUGCUUGGGGUCACCUGACCCCAAAGAUUGCAAGAAACAAAUCGUUGGCUGGUUCAAUGGCUGCCUUUGCAAUCGGUGUGAUUUCAAGUUAUAUCUUGUACGGCUAUAUCGUGCCAACUUAUUCGCAGUUUAACGCUCCAGGAUCCAUACUAUGGACCCCAGAGACAAGUUAUUUGAACAUUCACACGAUGAGUAUCCUUGCAGGGUUCAUCGCUGCUUUAUCAGAAGGUAUUGACCUGUUCAACUGGGAUGACAACUUUACAAUCCCAGUGCUAUCAAGUAUCUUCUUUUACAUUGUGAUCUACAUCUUCCGCAAGUGAGCUCACCUCUCUCUUGAUGACCAAACAAAAGGCCUAGCCAUCUUUCAAAUAAAUAUAAUAAUAAUGGCAUAAUAUAUAGACAGAACUACAUUGAGC